AUGGAACACCCAUUCUCACAAAGAACUAUUCCAAUUGAUUUCAGCCAACUCACCCCAAACCACAUUGUCGAAGACUUGAAUUACACAUUAAAACUCACACAACAACGUAUUGAAAAUAUAAGAUCGAUUGAAAUGACUCAAGCAACAUUUUUGAACGUGGUCGAGCCUUUGGAAAUGGCGACUUACGAAUUGGAAGAUAUCAAAAUGUUGAUUCUUCUCAUUUUAAACACUCGAGGAAACAUCACUGAAUACAAAACGGAAUAUUCGAAAGUACUCCCAGCAUUAUCAACAUUCUUUGCAGGACUUUAUUCUGACUCAAAGCUUCUGUUACUCCUGGAACACGUCCGCGACAAUUCCUCAACUUUAUCCAAAGAGGAAUAUCGCCUCACUGAAAUUUUGAUUCGCAAAUACGUGACUGGUGGCUCUCAAUUGUCUACAGAAAACAAAGCCAAAUUGGUCCACGAGAAAACAACACUUUCGAUGUUAAUGCAAAAAUUUGGCGAAAAUUUAAUAAAAUCCGUCGAUGAUAAUUUUGUGGCCUUUUCAAGUGAAGAUGAGUUGAUAGGUGUACCUGCAAACAAUAUGGAAAGGUUUAAAAAAGCUGCUCAAGACCAUAACAUGCCAGGGUUUGUUGUGAUGUUAGACGCGAACAGUUACUCUGCAGUUAUGAAUUAUUGUGUUGUUGAGAAGACAAGAGAACUGGUGUAUCGAAUGAACAACAAAUUGUGCAGUUAUGGUGCAACAGACAAUAGUGAUUUACUUGAAAAAAUCUUAGAGGAACGGGAUGUCAUCUCCCACAUUUUUAACUUUAACGACUUUGGCGACUUUAUUGCACAAAAUCGGAUGGUGAGCUCUGAAGAUGCUCUCAAGUUUGUUGAACAACUUCAUGAUAAGAUAUACAAGGACUUUAAAGCCCAACUCUCGUAUCUAAUUGCUUUAAAGCGAAAAGAGACCAAUGAUCCCCUGUGUGUCUUAAAGCCAUGGGAUGUUGGGUAUUACUCCCAGAAGUAUUUGUUGCAACAUUUUCAUUAUGACUCUGAAGAGUUUCGAAAGUACUUUACACUGUCUUCUGUAUUAGAAGGACUUUUUAAAGUGAUAAGAAACGUCUUUCAAAUUGAAAUGAAAGAGUGCAGUGAAGUACGUGGAUGGCAUGAAGAUGUUAAGUAUUAUGAAGCAUAUGAUAUUAAUACCAAGAAACUGCUUGGAGGCAUUUUCUACGACUUUUUCCCACGAAAGGGGAAAAGGUCUGGCGCGUGUAAGGAAACGCUCUUUAAAGCGUUUGUGGAGACAAAUAGCAACGAAGAAAAAAUUCACAGCCCGAUUGUGUAUAUCAUCACUAAUAUUGCACCUCCACCUGUUGGGCAAAAAGAAGCGGUUUUGACUCUUGGAGAAGUGAAAACAAUAUUUCACGAACACGGGCAUUUCAUACACACAAUUUUAUCUGCGAAGAGAUAUGCAGCAAUAGGAGAGGACAACGUCGAGUUCGAUUUCAUCGAAUUCCCAUCAAAGUUGUUUGAGAACUUCUGUUUUGAAGAAACGGUUAUUGAGAUGAUGACACAACCUAAUGGCGAAAAAGUGCCAAAAAACCUCCUCAAUAGAUUUGAGAACGCAAGAAACUGCUUUGCUGCAGUCAACUUUAUGGCACAACUCAAGCUCUCGAAGAUGGAUUUGGAGAUUCAUAAAAAUUACUUAAAAAGUGGGAUGCAUGUAGAUGCAUUUCUCGAAGAGAAACUUGAGAAGUACAGCAUUCCGUUCGAUGUAAAGUUCUUGUCUGGAAUAAGGAAGAGCAAACACUUAUUUGUUGGAGAGUGUUGUUACGCGGCAAGUUACUUCACGUACAAAUGGGACGAAAUGAUGGCUCUUGACGCAUUUGAUUUGUUUGUUCAAAAUGGACUGUUCAACGAAGAGACAUCAGCGAAACUUAAGAAGUUUGUUUUGGAGGUGGGGUGCAUGGAAGAUGCAAACACAAUGUUCAGGAAUUUCAGAGGAAGAGAACCAAAGUGUGACGCUUUGAUGAUUAAAAAUGGAUUUACAGUGUAA